AAGGUGUUUUUCAGAAAGUGAAAGUCAGAAGAAGUAGAUGCUGACGUAGAGGAGUGUACUAGGGAUCAUUUCGUGAGGAAAACUUGUUAAGAUGUGGUGAAGAGCCUAUAUUUUCCCCUGUGCGGUAUAUAGUGCCUUAAAAAAUGGGGUUUGGAGGUGACUUGAAGUAUUCUCAUGAUGCUUUAUUAAAACUGCAAGACUGGGAACUACGGCUGCUGGAAACGGUGAAGAAAUUUAUGGUAAUGCGAGUAAAAAGUGAUAAGGAGUAUGCCUCCACUUUACAGAAUCUUUGUAAUCAAGUAGAUAAAGAGAGCACUUGUCAACUGGAUUAUAUCAGCAAUGUGUCCAAGUCUUGGUUGCUCGUGGUACAGCAAACAGAACAGCUGAGCAAAAUAAUGAAGACACAUGCAGAGGAUCUUAAUUCUGGGCCUUUACAUAGACUUACAAUGAUGAUCAAAGAUAAGCAGCAAGUUAAGAAGAGUUAUCUAGGUGUUCAUCAACAAAUUGAAGCAGAGAUGUACAAGGUCACAAAGACAGAACUAGAGAAACUAAAAUCUAGCUAUAGACAACUAAUAAAAGAAGUAAAUUCUGCCAAAGAAAAGUAUAAAGAAGCUGUGGCUAAAG